GUCAUGCGGUGUCCAUUACAUUAUGCCUUAUAUUUCGGUUGAGUAGUGGUAUAUAAGGUGGAAGCCACGGAGCUGGUGCUCACUGCAGUAGCCAGUUUCAUCCCUGCGAAUCCAAACCCAAACCCUAAAGACAACCAGAGGCUAAUCAUGGCAUUCGCUGGAAUUCUGAAAGAUGCUGACAUCACUGCAGCCCUGCAGGCCUGCCAAGCUGCUGACUCCUUCAACUACAAGAGCUUCUUCACCAAGGUUGGUCUGUCUGCCAAAACUCCUGAUGACAUCAAGAAGGCCUUUGCUGUCAUUGACCAAGACAAGAGCGGCUUCAUCGAGGAGGACGAGCUUAAACUGUUCCUGCAGAACUUCUCUGCUGGUGCCAGGGCACUCACUGAUGCAGAGACAAAGGCCUUCCUGAAAGCUGGAGACUCUGAUAAUGAUGGCAAGAUUGGAGUUGAUGAGUUUGCUGCCCUGGUCAAGGCAUAAAUGGCACCUGACCAACAACUUUUGCUGACAAUCAGUAUUGUAACCUGAGAUCUCCACUUUUUUAUCGGGGUGGCUGAUUUUUAUACAAACAACUCUAACUGUCCACUCCCAUGCUGCACCCGGUCCACAAUGACUGUCAACGUCACGCGGUCUUUCACGUUGUAGAUAUGCAUGUUGGUUUCUGUAAAAUCUCUGAUGCUGUUUUUGGGAAAGGACAAUGAGAAAAUAAACACUAUUUUUCA